AUGGCGCACCAUGGUGAAACCAACGGUAUCGCCACUUACGCUACCGAAAGUACACCGGAUGGCACCAGCAAGGGCGUUGGCAUCACGUCUGACUACUUCCCUGAGCAAACUGCACAUGCCGGCGAUGCACAAUCUCUGAAAGACGCGAGGACUCUACUGAAACCUCUGCCAGCAUACACACCCAGAAAGCUUCGUAUCAUCACGAUUGGUGCAGGCUAUUCGGGGCUCACAUUGGCUCAUAAGUUCCAGCAUCAACACACCGACCUCGCCGAUGUGAUUGACCACACGAUCUACGAAGUGAGGUCCGAGCUAGGCGGCACUUGGCUGGUCAACACCUACCCCGGCGUUGUCUGCGACGUUCCAUCACACAUAUAUGUACGUGCUCAGAGGCCUAGAGGCCUAGAGGCUGCAAGCUUGAUGCUGACCAGUGACCGGCCGAAGGCUUUUCCAUUCGACCCCAAUCCUAGCUGGACUCGGUUUUUCUCAACCGGCCCUGAAAUUUGGGCAUACAUGAAGAAAACGGCUCAGAAGUGGAAUCUCGAACGGGACGUCAAAUACAAUCAUCGCGUCACUGGCGCGUAUUGGCAAGAAGAUCGCGGUCAAUGGCAGGUGAUGGUCGAGCAUGACAACACUAUCAUAGAGGACUAUGCGGACAUCUUAAUAUCAGCGCAGGGCUUCCUGAACACCUGGAACUGGCCGUCGAUUCCUGGAUUGUCGCAAUUCAGGGGCAAGAAGGUCCAUUCGGCCAGUUGGGAUCACGAAUACGACUACAGCAACAAACGAAUUGCAGUGGUCGGUAACGGCUCAUCUGGAAUUCAAAUUCUACCUCAGUUGGCCAGAUUACCUGGCACCAAGGUCACGAGCUUUCAACGGGGGCCUACAUGGGUGGUCAGCACCAUGAACCCUGCGUCCCUGCUUGGAAAAGACGACCCAGCAUAUAACCCUGAAUACACCGCCGAAGAGAAGCAAGCUUUCCUGAACGAUCCCGGGAAGCACCAUCAAUAUCGCAAGAAGAUAAUACACAGCAUCAACGACAGUUUCAAGAUGUUUGUGAAGGGCUCGGAGCUCAACCAGCAGAUUUACGACCUUGCCCGUCGACAGAUGACGAGCAAAUUAGAGAACAACUCGGAACUAUGCGACCUACUCAUUCCGAAGUGGGAGCUAGGCUGUCGGAGGAUCACACCGGGCGAAGGUUAUCUGGAAUCCUUCUUGCGCGACAAUGUUGAGCUCACUCAAAGCCCCAUCACAAGGAUUGAUGCCGACAGCAUCCUUACCGCCGACGGAAAGACCUAUAAGGUGGAUGUUGUUGUUUGUGCCACCGGAUUCGACGUCUCCUACCGCCCUCAGUACCCUGUCGUUGGUCGUAACUCGGCGAGUCUCGCAGACAAAUGGGCCGAGGAGCCUUCGUCCUACUUGUCACUCGCGUCGGCCGACAUGCCCAACUACUUCAUGUUCACCGGCCCGAACGCAUUAAUCGGCCACGGCUCUCUGAUGGAGAGUUUAGGAUGGAGUGCCGAGUACAUGAUCAAAUGGAUCCGGAAGAUUGCCUCGGAGGACAUCAAAGCCGUCGUGCCCAAGCAGAGUGCCGUGGACGAUUUUAUUGUCUAUUCGGACCAGAUCCACAAGACGUUAACCUGGACCGGGUCGUGUCGGAGCUGGUACAAGAACAACACCGUCGACGGGCGCGUGACGGCCACCUUUGCUGGCAGCGCGUUGUUGUUCAAGCGGCUUAUCCAGGACCUCCGGGCCGAAGACUUUGACAUUGAGCCAAGAGACAAGAACCGUUUUCGAUUCUUGGGCAACGGAUUCUUGGAGUAUGAGCUGCAGAAGGGAAAUGACCUGGCUUGGUAUGUGGAAAAGUGA